CGUUUAUGAUGAACAAGUCUGUCGUGCACAAAAUAAUAACCUCUUUUAUUUCACGGACUUUUUAGGGUUUUUUUUUUUAUUCGAUGUCAGGAACUUUGGGAAUUUAUUUACUUAUUUAUUAUUCAACUCCAGCAAGUGAAGUGUUGAGUCGGAGAAGUAAGACGUCUUGAGUUGAUAUCCAGCCUCUGCUGUCUCCUGCACUGGACAUUAUAGCAGCACCCUUUGUGACCGUCGUUUGUUAUGUCUGCACAGCAACAUAAGAGAUUGUAUUUGCGUUAGGACUCUCUGAUUUUUACUGUUUCGUUAAAACCGUCGUCGCUUCUGGUUCACUGCUGAGCUGACUGUGAUGGCGUGGCACUCGCUGCUUCUUUGUCUGUGUAAUCUGUGCAGGAGCGAAUGCUGUGCAUGGACAAUCCGGAUGUAACAGAGUCAUAAGAGGGACACAGAGGAGGAUUUAAAAAAAAAAACUUAAAAUAGUCUCCGUUGAGUCGGUGACGUCGCUUCACAACUUCAUCGGCCCAGGUGUGUUUUGGGACUUGCGAGCAAGCUGAAGAUGGAAGACGAGGUGUUUGAUCAGGUUGUGUUCGUGUUUAAUAAACUGGUGACGUGGGUCGCUGCUGGUGCCAUGGUGUUCGGUGGGGUUGUCCCCUACAUCCCCCAGUACAGAGACAUCCGCAGGACCCAGAACGCAGAGGGGUUCUCCACCUAUGUGUGCCUGGUUCUUCUAGUGGCAAACAUCCUACGGAUACUCUUCAGAUUUGGCCGCUACUUCGAGACCCUGCUGCUUUGGCAGAGCAUCAUCAUGAUCACCACCAUGCUCGUCAUGCUGAACCUGUGCACCAAUGUCCGCACGGCCACUGAACUCAGCACCAAGCGACGCUCCUUCAUAGCAACAGACAGUAAGGACGAGGAGAUCAGAAUCCCUAAGAGGCUCUUUUUGGACUUUGACUGGAACCACUUCUGGUCGUGGAGUCACUUUUUCGACUACCUGCAGUGCGUGGUGGCCUUCACGCUAGUGGCGGCCUACAUCACCUACCUCCUCUUGGACUCUUCACUGUUCGUGGAGACCCUGGGCUUCCUGGCCGUCUUCACUGAAGCAAUGCUGGGCACACCACAGCUCCACUGCAACUAUCAGAACAAGUCUACAGAGGGCAUGAGUAUCAAGAUGGUGCUGAUGUGGACCAGUGGGGACACCUUUAAAACCGGCUACUUCCUGCUCACCCAGGCUCCUGUGCAGUUCUGGACAUGUGGUCUGCUCCAGGUCGGCGUCGACUUCGCCAUCCUGUUCCAGGUCUACUACUACAGUCGCUACCCGCAGAAGCCAGUGUCCCACACUGUCUCCCACACCACCAGUGCCAAAGCCCUGUGAAGGCCUCUGCCAGCUCCCAGAGGACCUGUCAACACCCACACACAGCAGUGAGGAAGCACUUUCAGAGGCGCUGUGGACAUGUGUAAACAUGCAUGAGUACCAAAGCACCUUGAUAUGAUGCAGGCUGCUCACCCACUCCUCCAAGUAUACAUAAAGACACACGCACACCCAUAAAUAAGGCAUGAACAUACACAGACACUUUGUGGUGUUGGUGUCUGCAGCGAUACAAGGAGAACAUUUGUUACAAACAAACCUUUGUGUUUUAUUUAUCCUACUGAUUUCUCCUCAACGUGACAGUAAGCUUGUGACUCGCAAUGCAGACUUCCCGAAGAAUAUCUGUCAAUCACCCUGUGCAUGUGGAGAGUAAUAUGCACAUACAUGAUAUAUACAGUAUGUAAACUGCAGAUAUAUGCACUGAAAUCUGCACUCAAGGAAAUGUGGAUUAGCUUUGGUAGUCCACUUUAACUGAUGAUUGUAGCAUGGACCCUCUGCCUUAAAACACACAUACAUUCAAACAUAGCUUGCUGCAUUAUCAGCAAUAUACUGUACAUGUAUGAUUCAAUCAACAAAUCUUAUUAUACAACUUUACUGAAUGUACAACAUGUUUUUUUUUUGGUUAAUUUGAUGUCUUUCCCGGCACAGUGGAAAGAUGCCGGUCAGUCUACCACUUGUUUUGACAGAUGGUUGCUAUGUGCUGUGACACACCGGCUCCGUCUUUUGGGGUGAUCGAGGAAUCGAGCUGGAAGAAACUUGAGGCAAUCAGACUUUACCAAAACAAGAAGAGAAGUCCCAAAGGCUUUGAGACGCAGUUCAUUGGCUCUAGAAAAACAAGGGUCAUAAACAGAAUUGAUGAUGUUGAGGAUGAAGGGUUUUGUUGAAACGCCAAUGCCAAGACUUUUUUGUACUGAAGUUGUUUAUGGUAUUUUGUAUUUCAUUUUGACCACUUUAUAGUCAGUAAUGCUGUAAAGUUCAUUCAGACUGAACAAAUAGCAUUUUUUUAGACAAUGCACAACGGCAUUAAAAACUCAUUAACACAUCAAGUGGGCAAAAGAAAGUCAAGCAAAAGGAGUGAAAAUCAGAGCAAAAUCUGACUUAAUCCUUUUGUUUACUAGCAAAUUUCAUCACAGAAAGUUACAGGGACAGGAGUAAUAAUGGCCCUUUUCAGUGGGCAAAGCUGUACUCACGUCUUUGAACAUUCAUACUGAUUCUGCUACAGCGUAAUAUUGUUGUCCCAAUCUGUGAAUUCACAUUGCAUAUUAUCGUUGCGAAAGCACGGCACAACUGGACCGCCACAUAGACAUUCAGACAUGCACUCACACACAGCGCUGCGCUGGCUCAGUUGAUCCCUUCUCACCCCUGUAAUGCCUGUGUUACUACCUCCGAAGACGGUGCAGGGGGUGGAUCACCACUUUGUCCUCCUAUUACGCCUCCCAACAUUCAGAUUGAAGGCGAAACGUCACAGGGCCGUAAACAUUGCUGUCGAGAGAGGGACUUGAGUUACUCAGUCCCUUCUUUCUUUUGAGAAUGGUCACAGCUGUGACAGUCUGCAUAGAGUCUUUAGGUUUAUACGUUGCUAGUAAGUUCCAGCUACAAACAUAAUCUCAUGCAAAAAUUAUCUUUAAAUUCAGUUUGAACUCAACUUCAUGGUGCAAAAGCUCCUUCUUUUUGCUUUAUUACAACUUUAUGUUGCAUUCAACCAACCAUUUUUUUGGUUUUGGAGCAUUUUAAGAUGACAUCAUUGCUAGACUUGUGUCAGCACUAGUAAACUAGUCAGACUAAAAGUAUUUCACAUGGCCAUCCUUUUUUAUGAUUUCAUUUUACUGAAAUCUAUCUAAAUCUGAAACUUCAAUUUACAGAAAAAGAAUGUGUGCUUGAGUCAGCAGAAGCUUGGCUGACUGAGCCUAACAGGAGCUCAAUCAUUAGGGCCCUAUAGCACCAAACGUGUGCCAUGAAGCGUGGUAGAAAUGAGCCCAGGGAGGAAAUUAGAUGUUUGAUAUGGGUUUUGUGAGUUACUGUGGCAAUAUGGCUCAGUGGUGCCCCCUAAAAAAAAAAAAAAAAAAAUCAAAAUUCAGCCCCGGCAGCACGAUAAUCCGGUUAGGCAUAUGUAACAUACUUAUUCCUACAAAAUAAAAGCCUCAUGGACCCAAAUUGUAUUCCCAGUAGUUUGUCAUGUACAAUAUUCAAAAGGGCGUUGCCAUGGCAGCUCUCUUACGUUGAUGUCUCGCCAUCAAACUGUUUCAUAAUGCCACGUACUGGUAGGACAAAUGAAAUCUGAUGAGACUUGCCUCAGUUGGUUCAUGUUGUGUAAAAAACAAAUGACCAUUCAAAAAUAUUUCAACUGUUCUGACACUCAGAGAUGCAACACAACAUGAUAGUGUGCAGAGGUGUGAGGGCCUGUUCAGUGCAGCUUGCAGUCCUAGUGUGUAUUCUUUUUCUUUUUAUGAUUGUUUAAUUAAUGGGUCUGGUUGAUUAAAAUCCUAACACUGGAAUCCUAACAUUCCGAGUCAGGGCGUCAUGUGAUAAAUGAAGGACUCCGAAUUAUGACCAAUUAUCUCAUGCUGGGUACAUUGUUUUUCCUGCAUGGCAGCUCUGAAUUUGCCCUUUGAAAAUCUGCAUUUAUUUCAAAUUAUUUCCUAAAGGCAACAUCAAUACUAUGCAUCAAGGUGAGAGCUGAGAUCAACCAAGGCAGCUAGAAGGGAAAGGUCAGACUAUCUUAGACAUGACCGUCUGAGAUAUUGUAGUAUUGAAAUCACAGCCAAAACUACAACAUGAAGCCCAAGUUAUAAUGAACCAGGAUUAUUCUCAACUUUCCUCACUGAUACAUCUGAGCAUGCUCAACAAAAUCUCAGCGUCACUUCCCAUCGUACUGACUUUGCUACUGACUUGCCAGUUUAUUAUUUAUAUGGGAAAUCCAAUAACAUCCAGUGAUAUCUACUCAUGAGUCCACGUCAUCAUGUCGUGCUGCUGCUUUCUGCAGGUUAGACUCAUUACCAUAAUGUCAUGCACAGGAAAUUAAUUUCCUGUGCAGAGGGCAGAAGCAGCCAAAUGACACAGUGAAGAUAUUUUUUUUUUUUAUUGUUGUUUUUGUAAUGUUUUCUUUGGGGAGAGGAGAAAUGCCAAACCAGGAGGUGCACAACUGUCAUCCCUUCACUGAACUGUGUACCAGAGCAGACCUGAUUCUGUCCUCCUCUUUUUUAGCUUCAAGAAAUGGAAACUUCCUUUUUUUUUUUCUUGUGGGACAUAGCAGGGGUUGUCAUGAUUUUUUUUUUUCUUUACUUGCUCUUAAAUAUACAAAAAAAAAAAGGAUAUGAAGGACUGGCUGUUUGGUUUCAUAACAAGAUAUAUAUGUUUUUCCUGUGUUUACACCUGCUUAGUCACCUCAUUGUUUUUAUAAUGCCAGUAUAAGAAAGUAUUUGUCUGUUAUAAAGUGAGACAGAAGGUGAGGGUGACUGUGUUAUACGUAUAUGGACAAUGUGUGAGAACUGACAGGAUCAUGUUUUGCUCAACUGGAUCAAAAUGACCUCAGAGUUACACUUUAUUUACUGUUUCAUUCCAUGGUACUGAUUUUUGUUUGACUCUGUAUUUUGUAUCCUUUGUUUUAUUCAUUUUAUCAUGUCAAUGUAUUUUUCCAUAGAAACUGCCAAGUUUUGCAUUUCGUAUCUAUGAAACCCACUCCUUGUUUGUUAAUCUACCAAAAACAUUUUUCUCUGUAUUUUUAUUCAGUUUUUAUUUUAUGUCACCAUCGGUUAGCUUGCAUGUCAUGUUUCUAUUAAACUGCCAAUCACCCACCUCAACAGCUAAUGACAUUCAUUUCCACUCGAAGCUGUUUUGACUCAAAGUUUAUUUGAGAGUAUGACGUGGAAUCAUCUCCCAAUAAAGAGUACAUGGAGAAA